AUGUCGUCCCAACCGAAGCUUCGGAUUCUCUGCCUUCAUGGCUACAGACAGUGCGACCAAUCAUUCCGACAGAAAACCGGGUCCACUAGGAAACUCGUCAAAGCUUUAGCUGAUUUCGAAUUCGUCAACGGAAUUCAUUCGGUAGCUGUUGAUGAACAUUCCGAAACUAGUCGCGCUUGGUGGUUCUCUAAUGCAGAUCAGAUGAGCUUUUCCUCUAGAGAACCCACUGAUGUAUCUGUUGGAUUCGAUGAAUCUGUAAAUGCGGUAGUCAAAUUCAUAGAAGACAAUGGACCUUUUGAUGGACUACUAGGCUUCAGUCAGGGAGCUUCCAUGGUUCAUUUACUUAUUGCAAAGGCGCAACUGGGAGAAAUCAAACUUCCUGGAAUACGGUUCGCUAUUUUCUUCUCUGGAUUUUUGAGUCUGUCCAGCAAACACGACACGUUGACAUCACUCCGAAUCAAAGACUUUCCCUCGAUGCAUGUUUUCGGUGACUCUGACGAAAUCGUUGCGAGACCAAAAAGCGAAAAACUAGCCGACCAAUUUGAUAUGGAACCAAUCCGGAUAGCUCACGAAGGAGGUCAUCUGGUUCCAUCGAUGUCGAAGCAUAAGGAGAGAAUUACUCAAUUCUUGAGAGAACAAAUGGCCCCAAUUGCGUCUGCAUGA